AUGCCUGCACCCUCGGUAUCAGAACCAGAUCUAUUCGACACAGGUUCAACGUCACCGCCCGUUCCAUCGAGACCACAAUCAUCUCGACCUGCACAGCCAGCACCGAAGCCCACACCGAUCGCAUCACGGCCACCUCCACCGAAGCGCAAUAUGCCAUCAAUAUCACCCCUCAGCCUCAAGGCCUCACACGCAGCCCGCGAGGACGGCAAUGCACACUUCAAGCGCGGCGACUACUCCUCAGCUCACGAAUCCUAUACGACAUCCCUUCGGCACCUCCCCACCGGCCAUCCCCUCACACUAGUCCUUCUCACCAACCAUGCGCUCACAGCCCUGAAGACAGGCGAGCCCAAAACAGCCCUCACAGACUGCGACACCGCCAUCACACUCAUCGGAGCCUCCAAAGGCGAGGCCGAAACACUCGACUUCCUGGACAACACUCCACCAAAACCAAUGCGCGACUAUUACGGCAAAGCCUUGAUGCGCAAGGCGGAAGCGCUAGAGCAGAUGGAGAAGUGGGAACAAGCCGCUGACGUCUGGCGAGAAGCGGUCGAGGGUGGCCACGGUGGUGCUACUUCCAUGCAGGGUCGUUUGCGGGCUGAGAAAGCCGCACGGCCAAAACCUGUGGUUGCAGCAGCGCGGAAGCCGACUGCACCCUCGUCAGCAGCACCGCCCGACCGUCGCCCGCCCAUAAAAGCAAAACCAGCAGGCAAUUUUGCUGCCGUGUCCGCCCUACGCGCAGCCAAUGCCGCAGCGGAUAAAGCUGACGAUGAGCGUUUUGCACUGUACGAUAGCGUCGAUGCUCGGAUCAAGAGCUGGAAAGACGGCAAAGAGACAAACUUACGUGCUCUCUUGGGAAGCCUGGAUACAGUGCUCUGGCCCGAGGCGAACUGGAAGAAGAUCGGCAUGGCAGAUUUGGUUCUGCCAGGAAAAGUGAAGAUUCAGUACAUGAAGGGGAUCGCGAAGGUGCAUCCUGAUAAGAUACCGACGGAUGCCACGACAGAGCAGCGGAUGAUCAGCGCUGCGGUAUUUAGCGCAUUGAAUGAGGCUUGGGAUAAGUUCAAGGCAGAAAAUGGGCUGUGA